AUGUAUACUGCAAUCUGGACAUGCUGCUACAAGCCGUCUCGAUGGAUACCUGGACCCACGAAUGGCUCAGACGCACUCGCGCACAAAGGGAUGCGGAAUUUGAAGUCGUAUCUGCGCACGCAACCUGCUACGACGUGCACACUCAAGACCGCCUACCGACGCAAAGAGUGGGAUUCGUUGAAGCCUCGCGAGAAGCGAGCAUACAUCAAAGCUGUACAGUGUUUGCAGUCGACCCCAUCCAUCAGUGGCGAUCUCGCACCUGGAGCCAGAAGCCGAUAUGAUGACUUUCAAGCUACUCACAUUAACCUCACGUUGACUGUACAUGCUACUGGCAACUUCCUCGCCUGGCAUCGCUACUACAUCUACGCGUACGAGACCGCUCUCCGCGAAGAGUGUGGCUAUAAAGGCUACCAACCCUACAUCAACUGGGCUCGGCUCAGCAACUCGGUCAUCGACGCUCCAAUUUUCGACGGCAGCGAAAUCUCCCUCGGUGGAAACGGAGCCUAUGACCCGAAUCGCAUUCCCUCCCUUUUGCCACCCGACCCAAACGCAACACAUCACAUCUCUCUCGAUCCUCAGGAAGGAGGCGGCUGCAUCACAUCCGGACCAUUUGCAAACAUGACCACCAACCUCGGCCCCACCAUCAUCGGCUUAUCAGGCUAUAAUCUUUCUUCUUCCUCCUCCAUCCCUCCCAACCCCCGUCCAGACGGUCUCGGCUACAACCCCCGCUGCAUCCGCCGCGACCUCUCCAUCCAAUCCGCCCUCGGCGCCAACGACGCCAACAUCACCUCCCUCAUCACCCUCUCCCCCACCGUCGGCACUUUCCAAGAUACCAUGCAAUCCGCCUUUUUCUCCCCCACCAACCCCGAAUAUGGCGUCCACACUGCGGGGCAUUACAUCGUCGGAGGAGACCCCGGAGGCGAUUUUUACACGAGUCCUGGCGAACCGUGGUUUUGGUUGCAUCAUGCGCAAAUCGAUCGUGUGUGGUGGAUUUGGCAGAAUGGGAAUCUCCCGCGCCGCUGGGAGGAGGUGGAUGGGACGGUGACGUUUUUGAAUUCUCCGCCGAGUCGUGAUGCGAGGCUGGAGGAUCGGUUUGAUUUGGGUGUGAUUGAUGGGUUUGAGGGCAUGACGAUUGGGGAGGCUUUGAGUACCAUGAGAGGGAAGUUUUGUUAUAUUUAUGAAUGA